AUGGAGGUCCUCGCAGCCCCCCACGCUGACCCUCUCUCGGCGUCGCCGGCGUUCGCUAAUCGCGCGUGCGACGCCCCCGUGCUGACGUCAGCAGCGGGAAAAGCCGCCGCAGUCUCGUCGGAGAAUUUCCACACUUCCGCUGCCAAGAAGGCACUUGCUCCCGCGUCGGGUCCCAAAUCCGCCCCUGCGACUGCUGCAGAGUCUACCGGCGGCAGCGGCGGCGCCGGCGAGGGUUCCGGCGGUGUGAAACCCGCGGAGAAGCGGCACCGCGCGCGCGUGUACACGAGGACGGGCGACAAGGGCACGUCGUCGCUGUACACGGGCGAGCGGCGGCGCAAAGACGACCACGUGUUCAGCGCGCUGGGUGACGUGGACGAGCUCAACAGCGCGCUGGCCGUGGCGGCGGAGUACUGCCGCGUGCAGGGCCUCAAGGAGCUCUGCGACCAGAUCGCGGUCAUCCAGUCGCGGCUGCUCGACGUGGGGUCCGUCGUCGCCACGCCGCCGUCGUCCGCAUCCGCCGCGAAGCUGCAGCGCGUGCGGUUCGAUCCGACGGCGGUGGACACGCUGGAGCUCUGGAUCGACUCGCUGGACGAGAAGCUGCCGCCGCUCACCGCCUUCAUCCUCCCCUCAGGUGGCAUGGCAGCAGCGCAUUUGCACCUGGCACGGUCCAUUUGCAGGCGGGCAGAGCGCGCUGUGAUCGCCGUGGCAGCAGAGGAUGAGGAGCAGCAGCAGCAGGAAGCACACGAGGCACAGGAAGGCGGUGCCACCGCACCAGACUCUGAGCCCCCUCUGCCGCGCAUAGACCCCACGGUGAUGCGCUUUGUGAACCGCCUCAGUGACUUCCUCUUCACGGCUGCUCGCUUUGCUGCACAGCACGCAUGCCGCACAGAGACGAUUUACAAGAAGGCAGCUGUGUAG